AUGAUCGCGUCACUAGGAGGCGAGGCUGGAGACCUUAACGACAUACGCAUCGUCUCGCCCUGUCAUAUUACUCCCGAUCGUACGUCCGACUACGCUAAGCAGAGACCGCGGGCGGGACGGACCGCGGCAGGCGCGGGCCGCCCCGCCCGGGACUGCGGUGCCACCGUCCUGGCCACUCUCCACCACCUCGGGGACCACUCGCCCACUGCACCCACACCGCUCGCGACCACUGACCGCGCACCCAAGGGGAAUGUAUCUACUGCCUGCUGUACUACGGCAAUUACUAUUUUGAGAUCAUCUAGCUGUCGGGAGGUGGACGGUUUGGUUACGUUGCUUUAA